AGUUCGAAAUUCGAACUGUUGUAGCGCUUCUAUCAAAAAGUUUACGUUUACAUCAUGCUACAUAAAUAAUUAAUUGUAGUUUUUAGAGAUUUCUAUCAAAAUAUUGUUUGUUAUUGAAGUAAUUUCUGCUUAAAUUUUACACUCUGUAAUAGUUAAAUCUAUUAAUAAAUAUGAUAACUGUGCCGUGGCCAAAACAAAUGUUUUUUUCUAAUAUAAAGCGAUUUCUAACCUAUAAGUCUUUAUUGAGUUAUUUUUUCGGGAUUAAAUUAAAAAAUUAGAUAAUGUCUGAGAAUAAUAGUGUUAUUAAUUCCGUCUGCUCAAUAGAAGACUUGCCUGAUGAAGUUUUGGAGUAUAUUCUCAGUCUUCUACCACCAUACAUUGAUCUGGAUAAUUGCAUGAAUGUUAAUCUUCGUUGGAAGAAAAUAGUUGAAAAUGUUUUCUAUCAUUGUCACCAACUUCUUCUCAAAUCUUUGGCGAAUUUUGAUGUACAAUGGGAGAAUAUUACACCAUCUGAAAAAGACCAGUCAAUUACUAAAAGAUACUCCCAUUCAGCUUGCUGUCAUGAUAACUUUAUGUACGUUUUUGGAGGCUGCACCAGGACCAUGACCACUUUCAAUGACUUGUGGAAGCUUGAUCUCUCUACACGACAAUGGUCCAGGCUGCUAACAAUGGGCACUUAUCCAUCGCCUAAAGCAUGUGCCACUCUAGUCCACCACGAUAGCUGUCUCCUCCUAUUUGGAGGAAAGUCGCAUCCGUCCACAUACUACUUCAGUUACGUUUGGAGUUGUUUCGACGAACUACAUAUCUAUAACAUCUAUGAUAAUAGGUGGACCAGCAUCACGAGCCCCACCAAUCAGCCGCCUCCUAUGGCUGGACACUCGGCCUCUGUUCACAAAAACUAUAUGCUCGUUUUCGGCGGCAUGCAUGGACAAAAUGUUUCAUCGAACGAUGUGUGGUGCUUUGAUAUAUUGACUCAUCAAUGGAGAGAACUCAACAUUCAAGGCAUCAAACCAAAAUCUAGAUACGGCCAGACACAAGUGGUUCUAGAUGACGAGCAUUUUUUGAUAAUAGGGGGCUGCGGCGGAGGGCCGAACGAGGUGUGGAGCGAUGUGUGGAUGCUGGUGAUGGAGGCCUGUGACCCAAAUGACUGGCACUGGAAGCAGGUCACUGUUUGCAAUCCCCAAUGGGCGCCCUCUCAUCUAUGGUGUCAUCCGGCUUGUCGUGUUGGUGAUUACGUUGUUGCAUUUAGCCGCAAUCCAGUCUCCACAGGACCAAUGCUGCAGUAUUCCAAGUUGAGCCCCAACCGACAAUUAAGGCCAUCUCAAGGUCAAACAACAAAUGCAUCUCAUCUGGAAUUGAGAUUGUCAGAUAACGUGGUCGUGCCAGCUGUGGACCGUGACGUGAACGUGAACGGCAGACGGGGCAGCCUGAGCCGGUCGCAGCCGCAGCCGAUGGACGUUGACGCAGCCGCAAGCAGUAAAGCGUCGCCGCGUAGGGCCGCAUCCGUGUUGCAACCUCUGCCCAUCGCCAACUCUAGAGCCAAUCAGGCCAACACACCCGUUACUACUACUAUUACUACUCCACAGUGCUCGUCGUUAAAUCAACACAGACCUAGUGUUUUGUGUGAUAGGAGUAAUAGAAGCUCUCCCAGUUGUAGAACAAACACAAGUGGUCCUAGUUUGUCUCAGAAUAGCAGUGGUAGUAGAUCAAAUAUGGGGCCUUCAUCUAGUACAAACUCAGGGUCGUCUCAAGAUAGUGGUAUUAGUGGAACCAGUAUUAGACCUACGAACUCCUCAAACCAUAGUUCAUCUCAAGAUAGUGGUAGUAGUAGGUCUAAUAUAAGGUCUAUGAAUUCUUCAAACUCAGGUAUAUCUCACGAUAGUGGUAGUGGAACCAGUAGGCAUAGACCGUCGUCAGAUCACCGUAGUCUGAACAGUUUGUACAAUGCAAAUAGCACCAUCAUGGCGGCGUUCCGGGUCAAUGAUAUACCAUUGGAUCACAAUCGGACCAUAAGGUUAGCGGCACUUUCCCGCGUUCAGGAGCGACUAAACGCAAAAGCGGCUGCGAUUGCGGCGGCGGCUGUGGAAGAGCCUUCCACUCCGCCCCUCACCACCCAGCCAAGCGUGCCCAAGAUGGCGAUGUUCGUCCUCGACAUCACACGUGCGCUGUCGGCCGACUGCCAAGUCACGUGGCUGCCCAUCAAGGCGGUCGCCGACGGCUGUCCGGGAGACACGAUCUUCUACUCGCUGGUGGCUGGCAACGGGGAACUCAUCAUGUUUGGUGGCUUGCAGGAGGAAUCGUCGCUUUGUCAGCCUCACAACUUUGUUGAAGCUGUGUCCAAUGCCUUGCAUUUCAUCACUGCGCCUCGCACUGUUAUCUAGCUUAUCGAGAGCACUUGGCUAAUCGUCCUUUGAAAUCUACAUCUACGUUAGAUUCUAACUCAUAGCUUAUCAAUAUUCCUGACGAUAAAUAAAGUUGUUGAUACCACCAGCCUCCGGACCUUUUCAAACAAAUAUAAAUCACUUGUUUUCCAACAAAAAACCUCUUUUCAUUACAUAUAAAUUUCUAUUUCACAUGCCAUUCAAAUGUAGAAGCAUCAACUCAUAGAAAAUAUAUAAAAUAUUUCCUCAUUCGCGAGAAUAUACUUGGAAGCACAUGUGGGUCUCAAUACUGUACGUCUAAAUUAUAAGCACUUUUUAAAUAUUUAUUUUUGAAAUUAAGAAUAUAGCCAAGUAGGUUGUCUACAUUUUUUCGAAUAUAAACGAUAAGUGCUUGUUUCAAAUAAAGUUUUUUGUACCUCAAGAUCCGUAUACUCAACAACUUUUUUCUUUUGCUGGGUUACCUCAAAUCACAAGUAUACUUGAACAUAACCCCUUCACUUUGCCAAUCUAAAAGAUUCAAUUAAGACUGAAUUAACAGCAAUUGAUAAACAUAUUUUUUAACAUUUACUUGCGCAUCUAAAAACUUCAGAAACCGCCAUACAAGGGGAAAUUUGUAACACUUAAUCGAUUUACAUUACUUGAGUACCAUUUUUCUUGAGUGGCAUGCGAAGACAUUUCUAUGUAAUUGAAAAGGGUAUGCUUUAAAAAUUUAGUCAUUUGUGUUGUUAGUCUACCUUCAAUUUGAAAUCUACAUGUAAUCAGUAAGUAUAAAAUGUAACCUACAUUCUAUACUCACUGCAUUUAAUAGUGCGUUUCAAUUGCUUUGGUAUUUAUAAUUAUCGAGAAUUCUUGAGGAUUAUUCUUACUUUUAAUAUACAUAUUUUUGUGAUUUGAACUUUUAUCAUAUCAGUUUUAUUUAUAUCAUUUAUUAUAUCAGAGUACAAACUGGUUACUAGUGUCAUUGUAAUUCACAAUGUAAUUUCAUCUUUAUAUUAGUGUAUUUGUGCUCCUGAAAAAUCUUGGCGGGUUUGUUUCACCUGUGAAUUGGCAAUACUGCCUACCACUGUGAUAUUGCAAUAAGUUAAGUUGAAUCCUUGACUUUUUUCUCAAGAUUACAUAGAUAGCUUCAGCAGAUUAUUGCUAAUAAAUUAAAACCAAGGACCAUUUUUUGUUCUUUAUAUGGCAAAUAUAAAAAAUUGGCUUCGUUAUUUAAUAGAAUCGAAUAUUGUAAGAAACAUAAUGUUCCAAAAUGUUUAUCUCAUUUACAAUAAAUAUUGCGAUAAUGCAACGUAGGGUCGAAUGUUAUAAUUGACAGUAGGCCUACUUGGCAGCACCAUACCCUAUCUAUACUUGACAUCAGUAGCAUGUUUGUAAAUUGUGGAUUCGUUUCAAGGCACUGGAUCCCGAUCCCAUCUUCAUAUCCAGCGAUGUCAUACAAAUCUUAUCAAUUCUAUCUUUGAACGGUAUCACAAUUCGUAAACUCACGAAAUCCAGACUCCCUGUAAACUAAAGUGUAAUCACAGGGAGUUGAAACGCGUUCGAAUUUAAAACUCGUGUAACUGUGGCUGUAAAAGUUUGAUACCAAAUUAAAGCAAUUCUAAAUCAAGACGCCUUUCCACACCA